AUGGUCUUCAACUGGACCGAUGCCGACGAGAAGCUUCUGCUCAUGCGCAUCCUCGCGCAGACCGGAAUGAAAGCCCCUGAUUUCAAUGAAGUCGUUGCCGGAAUGCCAGAGGGCGUGACUGUCGAAGCGUGCAAGCACCGCAUGCGCAAGAUCAAGAAGGAAAUCGAAGCCAUGGAAGUCGGCACCUCUUCUGCUUCUGGUGGCGGCGCCGCCCUAGGAAGCACUCCAGCCAAAAGCGGCGGCGGCAAGAAGGUGAAGGGCACUCCAGCGAACAGCAAGCGGAAGAUUGGCAAGAAAGCAGCCACCGAGAGCGAGGAGAGUCCUUCGUGCGAUCAGGACGACGACGUGGAGAGUCCUACCAAGAAGGUCAAGACACUGGCUGUCAAGCAGGAGGUGAAUGAGGACGAGGACGAUGACGAUGAUGAUCGUUUGUGA